AUGGCACUUCUGGACCCAGAUACAGCCAAUUGGAGAGAUACAAAGUCUGCUAACGACCCAGAAUCUAUAAGUGCUCUGCAUGGUUUCCCAUUGAGGAGAACAGCGACGACAAUCAACUUAGGGAGAAUAUGGGCGGAAGACUUUGGUCUGGCUGCCUGUCUAUGGAGAGAACACAAGUCAGAACAUCUAGACGCUUGGGCCCCUACUAUUUUUCUCCUCAUCCUCCUCAUAUCAGCCCUCGCAUCAUACCCUUACCCUGACCUCACCCUUGUCAUCCUCGUCAUCCUCGCAUUCCCUUUCGCCCUCUACUUGUUGCUCCAGCAAAGCCAGUACAUCUGGCCGGACCCUUUCGCUGACGAAGCAUACCCAUGCUCCGUUCCUCCACCUGACUGA